UGCAUCAAAAUGUGGGAAUACCGGCGGAUACGUUCAGCUUUUGUUGUACAUUUCAGAUUUCUUAUUAUUCUUCUUGACGAGAGAGCGCUCUAAAUUCGCGGAGGUCCCAAGCACGAGACCAGGUGUGUGUCGCCGUGUUGGCAAAUCAUGUCUCUCUGUUGCUGAGACCUCAGGGCCUGUCGUGUGGGUAUAUAUAUAUAUAUAUAUAUUUAAUGCCACUUGAGGAGUUACGUUGAGAUGAUAGAUUUGGGGAAUGUUUGUGUGCAGAGAUUGAGGUAAAAAAUGGAAGAAAAUAAGAUUGUGGGAUGGAGAAAGGAUGGUGAUUGGCUUUUGAGUAUAGAAGAGGAUGAUGAAGAGAUGAAGGGUUCUGUUCCUCAGCCGCCAACGCCGAAGGAGCCCAUGGAUUUCUUGUCCAGAUCUUGGAGCCUCUCUGCUUCUGAGAUUUCCAAGGCUCUUCUUGCCCAGAAGCAAAAACAUGCAUAUGCAGCAGCUACCUUUGACAAGAAUAAACCGGAUGUCAUUCCUGAGACAGAUAAUGAUGUUGCAGUUGCAGUUGCACAGAAUAAUCUCUCAAGAGAGAUGAUGAAGCAGAGAAAUGGGCGGAAAACAGGGGCAAUAGGUAUAGGGAGGUGGUUAAAUCCGAAAGAGUAUAGUAUUAGUAGUAGCAGUAGCGGUGUCCAGAAGAAAGACAAAGCGCGGGUGGAAAAGGCGCAUAUGCAUGCUGUCCUGUCGGUGGCAGGGCUAGCCGCAGCGGUGGCGGCGGUGGCUGCAGAAGCAGAUAACAGCAACUCCGCCGCCCUGGCAUCCGCCACGGAGCUCCUCGCUUCUCACUGUAUAGAAAUGGCGGAAUCAGUGGGAGUGGAGCAUCAACGCGUGGCUGCGGUGGUUAGAUCAGCCGUCGACAUUCGCGGCGCUACUCAUCUUUUAACUCUCACUGCUGCAGCUGCCACAGCGUUGAGGGGAGAAGCGGCUCUGAAGGCGAGAUUGCCAAGAGAAGCAAAGAGGAAUGCAACUAUAAGUCCUUGUGACAAAGCAGCAGCAUUAAUGGAAGACAAAGAAAUGGAAAAAGAUGAUCCCCCCUUUGAGGGUGACUUGCUGCAAAUCACCCGAAAAGGACUGCUGAGAUGGAAACAUGUAUCUGUCUAUAUAAACAAGAAUUAUCAGGUAGUAAUCAAGUUGAAGAGCAAGCAUGUUGGUGGAGCCUUUUCCAAAAAGAAUAAAAGUAUUGUAUAUGAAGUCUUUGAUGACACUACAGCAUGGCCAUUCAAGAAGGAAAAGGAGAAUGGGGAAAUAUAUUUUGGGGUGAGAACUGCACAGGAACUUCUAGAGUUCAAAUGCAAGAAUAAAAUCCACAGACAGAAAUGGGUUGAUGGAAUACAAAAUCUUCUCCACAGGGCCAGUUCCAUUGAAGAAUCUGAGAACUCUCUGAGAAUGUUAAACAUCAAUAAGAGCAUUUGACGAAUUCAAUUCUACUCACUUUUUGCCCCCUUUCCGGUUUGAUCUUUGACAAUGUCAGUUUAGAUGUUAAUAACACAAAUGGUGAUUUGUUUGUAGAAUAUAAUUUCUGUAAAUUAUUUGGUCAUUAAGAUGGAUAGUGGCUUCAGAAGACAGAAAUCCCAAUCUGUUCCCAGAUUAUCAAAUAAUUUGAGGGUCUAUUUGGUUAUUUUCCUGAUUUGAUAAUCACAUAUAGUUUGAGUUUAUUACAUAAA